UUGGGUUUUUGAGAGGUCCAGUUUGUUUCUCAUCGGGAAGACGAAAUGACCAACUCAUUAAUGGUUUCAGCAGGGUUUGCUUAGGCUUUAUUUCCCUAUUUCUUCAGAUACUGUAUCUGCCAAAGAGGGAUUUAUAACUUCAGGAUUUACUUAAAAGUCGUCGGUAUUUGAGGAUAUCUCUGUCAGGGAUAAAUCAAAAGGAGGUGAUGGCUUUAUCUUUCCUUUACGGGCUGUGCAUGUGGAUAAGUUUUAUCUGUCCUUCGCUGGGAACAGGGUUUGUUUAUCACUUUCCGGGCAUCACUUUGCAGCGGCAGCGCAUCAAAUCGGAACAGAGCGGCAACACUGGACCGCCAGGUACCGGAACCCGUACCCAACUCAGGAACUGGUGUCAGUAUACUGUUUCCAGAACAGUGUCCUGUCAGGUGCACAAUGGGACAGAGACCAGCGUGCAGAGAGUGUUUCAGGGCUGCCGAUGGCCCGGACCCUGCGCCAAGGUCAUCAGCUACAGGACGGUGAUCAGGCCAUCCUUCAAAGUUACCUACAAGCAGGUGACUUCACUGGAGUGGAGAUGCUGCCCAGGGUUUGUGGGAGAAGAGUGCCGGGAAGAAUGUUUGAACUGUACCAGUUUCACCGACAUGAACAGCAGAAUAAAUGCCAUUGAAUCAAAGAUCCAGCUGUUAGAAGAGGGACGUUCAUCCCUGCCGACAGUCAGCAGUUUACCAGAGGGCUCAACAGACAACGAGGUGGACGCACCCCAACCCACCCCUAUUGCACCGCCAUCGUACCUGCCACCAGGAGGCAGAGGGCUUCCAGGGCCCAUCGGACCACCAGGGCUUCCAGGUUCUGCUGGACCUCCAGGUCUGGCUGGCAGAGCAGGCCUCCCUGGACCCAUCGGACCAAAGGGGGACAGAGGUCAAGCAGGUGUUAUCGGUCUCCGCGGCCCUCCUGGUCCACCAGGCCCUCCGGGAUCGAGCUCCUCUUCCGUCAGAGUGCGCGGUGACGUUUUUCACGUGGACGAUGAAGAGGAGACCCCCGUUCGUCCAGCUCCCCCUGCUCCUCAAAUCGUAGUCGGGCCUCCUGGUCCAGCUGGUCCGGCUGGCCCCUCAGGCCCUCCAGGACUGAGAGGAUCUGCAGGGAUACCUGGCCUGCUGGGACGAGAUGGCAAAGAAGGCCUCCAAGGCAAGCUUGGGGAUCUUGGGCCUAAAGGAGAUCCAGGGGAAAGGGGGCCUCCAGGUGUAGCAGGCAAUGCUGGAGCACCGGGGUCAAAAGGAGAGCCAGGAGAAGGCUUGAAUGAGGGCGAGGCAGUGCAGCAGCUCAGGGAGGCCCUGAAGAUCCUGGCCGAGAGGGUCCUGAUCCUGGAGCACAUGAUCGGCGUUCAUGAGAAUUCUGAAGGAUCUGGAUUUGGCAGCAUUUUGGACCCCCUGUCUUUCUCUGCCAUAAAGACCAAGCGCCUUCAGCCGGUUCAAUCCCCGCUCACAGCUCCAGUACCGGGGGAGAGACAAAGACGAGCUCCCCUUUAAGAGUAUAGUCUAAUGUUGUAUGUAUGUGUAUAAUUGUGAUGGAUGUGGCAAUUUUUUCUUGACCGGACGUACAAUUUUUGUUAAUAUCAUGUUUCUUGUAUUACUACAAUUUAUUUGCCUACUGUGUGUCUUUAAAGCUGUAAAAGCGAAGAGAUGUUGAGCAUUUCAUCCACAUGAAAGGCUUUAUUGAGCCUUUUUGAACCGCUGCAUGCUCUUAGUCCACAUAACCUUAGCAGCAACACUUGUACAAUGUUGUACAAUGAAAUAUAAUCUCAUAAAAUGUUAUGAGGGUUUUGGCAUCUUUCUUUCCUCAGAUAACAGACAGUAAACACGUCAGUUUCCUUGGCUGAAAGCUCCUCGGGCUGCGAUGUGAGUUCCCGAGAGCUGGACCCAAAAUAUACUAUUUAGUGUCAAACACAUUUUUGGAACGACCUCGAGGUUCAUCUUGUGUUAGCCUGUCAAAUCUAUUUCUUCCUUUCUUUUCUUUCUGUCUCUGUAUCAUUGCUCUGCCUUGUUAAAUAUGAGGUAAGACAUGACUUGCUGCCAAGAAUAUCUGCUUAAAAUAAAGUUAGCUAAAAUUAAUAGCAUCUGGAGAGCGCACAUCUGGAAAGCAAACGGAGGAGAUGCUGAAACUGCAAACUCUGCUCGGCUCCAGUGCACCACCGCACAACUCGCUGAUGGAGCACUAAACAGGAUGACAUUGACUUCUUCAUAAACUGCCUCUGAGAUUUGUUUCCAAGCUGAUAUGAUUAUUGUCUAAUAGGUCUCUCAGAGACCAUGCAUGACCUUUGUUUUCUCGAGUACAGGCUCAUGUGUAAAAGGGAUCAUUUGGCAUUUUGGGUUUUCCGUUUAUUCGCUGUCUUGCAGAGAGUUGGAUGAGAAGAUUGAUACCACUCUCAUGUUUGUAUGCUACACAUGAAAGUGGAAACAGUUAGCUUAGCUUAGCACACAAGCUGGAAACAGGUGGAAACAGCUAGCCUAGCUGCUCUCACGUCUUAUCGUUCGGACGGUAAUUAUGAGUAGGAAUAACUGUCAUAUAAGCCUCUGACUUACAACUCUUUAUAACUUAUGAAGAAGCACAUUUAAGAUGGUUAUCUGGUGUGAAGGUUUUAGGUCAGCUUCGGACAGAGCCAGGCUAGCUUUUUCCCCGUUUCCAGUCUUUGUGCUAAGCUAACCUAACCGGGUGCUAUUUUCUCCUCUUACUCUCGGCAAGAAGAAAGCAAAACUUUUUCUUCAACAAUCACUAGCAGAAAAAGGAUGGACCUGCUGUUGUGGAUAAGUUAUCAUAUGUUAUAGAGGGUAAGUCUACCGAUGUACCUUUUAAAUGCUGUUCCAUCGGGUCUUGUGCAUGUUUCAUUAUCUUUUAUACUAAACAAUGUACAGGUGUGCUUUGUUGUUUAAUUUGCGAGAUAUCAUGCUCAGCAG